AUGUCAUUUUCAGACGAUUUUGUCGUCUCCAGCGAUGUUGUCAGGGCCGGAUUUAAAAUUCUGAAUAUUUUCCAGUCCAUAAACGCUUUACGAAAUGCUUCAAAAAGUGCCAGAUGUCCAAAAGCAGUUCUCUGCCCGUCACACUUCAAUGAAGUGAUCCGCUUGGGUUUAGCUAAAGGCCUCAGGAUUUUACAGCUGGACCUUAAGAAAUCCAACCCUUAUUGUCUCUAUGCUUCUUUCGAGAAACCGAAGAGAGCAUUUUUCAAAACCAAUAAGAAACCGAUCAUAUGGAAAGGGUUCUUUGAUGAUAAAAAAAAGCUUUACGCCGUGCUGCCUGUGAUUAACAAAAGCAACCCCUGCCCGCAGGGUUCAACUUUUGUGGACUUCACCCCAAUUGAAGAAAGAGAAUAUGUCGUUUGUUCAUUUUUGGAUGCAGAAACAAAUAUAGAGAUGCGUAAUAACGAUAUCAUAUUGACUUAUCUUGGAAAAGAAGUCUCGGAAUUUUCUUUAAAAUGA